AUGGAUUAUCGCAAAUUGUUGCCUAAAAGUUUUACGGAAUUAUUCGAUGUUGAGAUAGAAAAUAUCUUUACGGAAAGUCAGCUGAAUGAUCUCGCAAAUUUGUCGUCCGGCUUAAAAGAACCGUUACAAAAAUUUAUCAGUGAUUUACAAGCGAAACAUGCAAAAUUAAAAACGGAUUCCAUCCGCCAGAUUGAUAUGAUCGAAACAAGAUCUGAGAUCACAGAAUCUAAAUUGGAGUUGAUAAAAAAUGAAUUGGAAGAUAAAGACAAAGCACUAACCUCAGCUAAAGAGCAAUGCACCAGCCUAUCGAACAAAAAUAAGGAGCUAUCAGAUUCAGUAAAGGCAUUAGAAAUUUCAUUAUAUGAAAAAGAAAAAUCAUGGAAUGCCAAAGAACACCAGUUGUUGUCCGCUAACUCCAAACUAGAGUUAGAGAGAGAUAAGUUUAGUGAUAUGUUGACCCAAAGAAAUAACGAAAUCGAUAGACUGACAGAUGAAUGGAGGCAGUUGACUGACAAGUUAAAAGAGGCCAACAGCCUACGAAUCAUGGCGCAGACAUUGGCCGAGGAUUCUAAAUCAGAACUUGUAAUUAUUCAGAAUCGUGAGGUCCGACUAAAGAGCGAACUUGCUCAGACUACUCACCAGGUCGAGGUCCUGUCGAAAGAGUUGCAAGCAAAAUUUGACGAGAUAACAUCUACAAGGAAGGAAAAGUCUGUCCAACUCCUGCAACUCCAAGCAACCCUGGAUGAGACUAUUGAAAAAUUAAAUCAGGCCGAGCAGUUGCUAGAGAUAAGCAAGAAAGCUCAAUCUGAGCAAUGUGAGCAGAUAGAACAUUACAUCAAAAAGCUAAAUGAAGCCAAAGACAACCAAAUAAACAUGGAGGAAAGAUACAGAUUAGAAGUUAUUUCUCAAGAGAAGCUUGUCAAUUUAUACAAAUCUUAUAAGGAUGAUGCUGAGAAAAAGUUGCCUGAACUGGCAAAAAUUGCAGAGGACUCGCAGAACCUGGAGGAGGAGUUAUCAACAGCCAAUCAGCUCUUAGAAUCCUUUCACAAGAGGCAGAGCCUUAUGGAGCUGACAGACGAGGACAUAGAAGAAAUGUCGCCAGUGGCCGCAGCAGCGUGUAAGAUGCUCAGAUCCAACACUUCCCUAACCCAGAACAUUGAAGAAAGUGCUCCAACCCUCAGAGUUCAGAAAAGAGAUUACCUGAGAUGUCUGGAGAGGAAUGAACAACUGACCCUAUUGUUGAAAGAGGCUACAGAGGCACGUUCACUUUAUUGGCUUUUUUUUGUUUAUUUGUUAUUCUUCUUUUAUUCUUAA